CAAAUUUUAUCCACUUGCCUCGUUUUCUGCAUUAUCUCCUUUUUUUUUUUCCUUUUAAGAUACUCUAUUAUUUUUCUCUUCGAAGAAAGAAAAAAGGAAAGAGAAACUUUAGCCAACAUGAUGAGAAGUCAACAGGAUCAACAAUCUAAGCUUCUUUAUGAGCUUUCUACUUUGAUUUUCAACAUUCUCCGAUCUCCAACUACGCCGUUCGAGUUUUCCGAUCAGUCGCCGGUUGUCCAACGCAGUACACAGUUGCCGCCAGUGAGGCCGAUGCAGCAGAUUACUCCCGCGGGUUUUGCUUCCCUGCUUCUCGGUAUUUCUAUGGCUUUGAUGCUAUGUGGAUCUGUAACGUUCUUCAUUGGGUUUUUCAUGAUGCCGUGGAUUCUUGUGUUUGUGAUGGUUUUGUAUUUAGCUGGAAUUGUUUCUGUUUUGUCAAUGAUUGGACGAGCUAUUUUCUGCCCUAUGCCUUCAUCUCAAUCGCAUAGUCAACCGUGUAAAAUAUUGUGAAGCAAUUUAAACAUUUGUACUGGGACAGAACAACGGUGAGGAGCAUGGUCGAACUCUUUACUAGAUGCAGUUUCCUGCAAUGCUUAAAGAAUGUAUGGAGGAUGAAUACAUUUCAUGCUGGUGUUUGUUGCAGGAGGACAGCUUAGGCAUUUGAAAGUGAAAAUAUUUGAUUAGCUAUAACUUUACUGUAUAGAAAACUCAAAAUGGAUGUGCCAUGUUCUUUUAUCUUAGUGCAACUAUGUUGUAUUUCUUGUGCCA